AAACCAACAAACUAUUAUUAUUCAUGCCCCUUUAUUAGUUUUUGUCAGUAGUGAUAAAUGUUAAAUUUGAAAAUUAUUCCCAGUGUAUAACUAACUGUUGAUUCAAUUGUCAAUUAUCUAUCAUCUGUUAAAUAGAAAAAAAUAUGUCAUCAUCAUCAUUCUUGUUGUUUUUUUCAAUUCUACUUAUUAUUAGUCCUAAACAUCUGGUCUAUUCACGUCAUAUUGAUAAUAUACUAUUACGAAGUGUAUUAAACUGUUAUUAUGAAUGUUCACAAAUUCCCGCCAAUGAAGCACAAGAUCAUCUGAAUAAUUUUUGUUUUAAUGAAUGUUUCAAUCCACCGCUAGAAAAACGCGGCAAAUUUUUCAUGUUAGGAUAAUAAUAAUGUAGUGAAGAAAAAUGUGAGAGAGAGAGGAAACUCAGAAAAACAAAUUUGGCAUUUAUCUACUUAUUAUUGUAAUUCAGUAAUAUAUUUACUUAUUUAUUUAUAAAUAAAUAAAACAGAAGAAAUACAAUUGGAUAAGUGAAAAAGAAAGCAGAAUUAUGAAAAUAAACUUCAUUGAAUUCAUUUAAA